GCGCUCGGCUCGGUCCGCCCCACCCCGCGGGCGGUCACUGCGGCGCAGUCGCGGCGCCGCCAUCGCGGGCAGAUGCAGGCGAUCAAGUGUGUGGUGGUGGGCGACGGAGCUGUAGGGAAGACCUGCUUGCUGAUCAGUUACACCACAAAUGCCUUUCCUGGAGAAUACAUUCCCACCGUGUUUGAUAAUUAUUCUGCCAAUGUGAUGGUGGAUGGAAAGCCAGUGAACCUGGGCCUCUGGGACACAGCAGGGCAAGAAGACUAUGACCGACUGCGGCCUCUUUCCUAUCCACAGACGGAUGUUUUCUUGAUCUGCUUCUCCCUUGUGAGUCCAGCCUCCUUUGAGAAUGUCCGAGCUAAGUGGUACCCUGAGGUCCGACACCAUUGCCCAAAUACACCUAUUAUCCUGGUGGGCACCAAGCUGGACUUGAGGGAUGAUAAGGACACCAUUGAAAGGUUACGUGAUAAGAAACUGGCCCCCAUCACCUAUCCUCAAGGCUUGGCCAUGGCUCGGGAGAUCGGGUCAGUAAAGUACCUCGAAUGCUCUGCCCUGACGCAGCGGGGCUUGAAGACGGUGUUUGAUGAAGCCAUCCGGGCUGUGCUCUGCCCACCGCCUGUGAAGAAGCCUGGCAAAAAGUGUACCAUGUUUUGAGGGCUGUGGCCUUGGUGUUGGCUCAGCAUGCUGUCAUCCUCUGACAGAUUGCAUAUUAAGCUGGGUGUUUCUGAAGGGGGCUGGGAUGUGUAGGGCCCUUCAUCAUGUAUGAAGUCAGUGUUUUUUAAAUGUCUCUUUGAUUUAACGUCAGUGUUGAUGUGAAGGGGCAGUGGGGACAGGAGACCAGCUGGGGACUAUACAGCCCCCAGGGGAGGUACAGCGGGAAAGGCAAGGUAGCUCCUUCAGGCAACAAGCUGUUUUGGCUCUCCUGAACUCCAAGUGGAAAGGGCUGAGACAUCCAUCCUGUUCUGGAAACACCUGUUUUCAACCUGCACGUGAAACAGGUGGUGAACAUCGUGGUGGGAGUAGGGAGGGAGCUGAUUUCAAUGGUGCUGAAAGACAAGAGUAGCUGGGAGGAUGGCAGGGUCUCCUUGCCCAGCCUGCUGUGGCUAACAGUUAACAAACUGGUGCUCUAGCAGAGUGUUCCUAAGACUGUUAGAAAAAUCAUAACCAGCCCUGGAAGGGGUCAGAGUAAAUGAGAAGCUGAAAAAUGAAUCAUGAGGUGCUUUAUUGGGUACUAGCCAAACUCUGUGAGUGAAACAGCUCUGUGCAAUCAAUGCAUUUGCCUUUUUGUGUGUGCACACCCUAGGACAGCAUGGUGCUGCUUCCCCCCAUUAGUCUUUAGCAGGGCCUCCCCCCAAAAUCCAGUCUCUGCAGAGCAGGGCUGGGUUGUUGCCUCUAGUUUUUUUUUUUUUUUUUCUACUAAAGACAACAAAGGAAGCAGUGAGGAGUCUGCUAGCUUCUUUCCCUUCCCACUGAAAAUGCAGACAGACUCUGGAUUUGAAUGGAACAGGGAGAGCUUCUGAAGGGUUGUGGGGGGGGAACAGGGUUGGAAGAGAGGUCCAAUUUCUAAUCAUCAUGUAGAGUGACAAGAUAAAACCUUAUUUGGUGCAAUAAACAUUCUCCAUGAAGGUG